CGGACAGAGGGGGUAUAAAAGAUAGGAGCAGCGCUACUUAGCCUACCAACACCGUUGAGACAACUGAGGCAACAUGAGCCACCAAAUUGAGAAUCGGUCGGGUUCUCCACAUAGAAGAGCUCAAGAUGACUAUUCCCGCUAUCAACACAAACUGACCGGAUCCCCCUCGGCGUCCAGGACCGUUAUAGGUUUUGGGUCGGCUACCGCAUUUAUGAACAGAGGAUAUGCGACGACGCCGAAGAGCGAAUUCGGAUCGGUUCCGAGAUCGGAUAUCUUUUUAGAUUUAUCAAACACGUUUACCGGGGUGUUGACGAAAAUUAAUGAGAAAGAACUGCUCCAUGGGCUGAACGGCCGUUUCACCGGGUUAAUCGAGAAGGUGCGUCAUUUGGAGCACCAAAAUGAAUUGCUCGAGAGGGAAAUCGAGGAAAUCAAACAGAAGGCACAGUCACCCGCAUCUCUGGCACAGAAGCACGAGUCGGAGCUUAUGGAUCUGAGGAAACUAGUGCAUGACAUCACCCUUCGGAAGCGUCAGAUCGUGAUAGAACAUCAGAACCUGGAGGAAGACUUCCUCACCUUGAGAGACAAAUACGACCAGGAGGCUCGUGAACGCUCGGAUGCAGAGAAAGGCAUCCUGGUGCUGAAAAAGGACGCCAACGACGCAUACCUGGCAAAACUUCAGCUGGACAUGAAAGCGCAAUCUCUGGUGGACGAGAUUCACUUCCUGAAGAAAAACCAUGAGGACGAGGUGUUGGAGAUGGUGGCCCAGAUCCACGAGUCUCAAGUGACGGUCGAGGGGCAUGCCUUUGCAAAACCCGAUAUCACUGCGGCUCUCCGGGACAUCCGUGCAGAGUUGGAAGGUCACGCCGCCUCCGACAUCCUUGAGGUCGAGGAGAGUUUCCGUGUCCAGUUCACAAAGUUGACAAAAGCGGCAGAGAGCAACAGAAAGGCGCUGAAGGCAACACAGCAGGAGAUCCAGGAGAACAGGAGGCGCUUCCAAGGGAAGAACAUUGAACUGGACUGCGCGAAAGGAACGAGAGAGGCCCUGGAAAAACAACUACAUGAGCUGGAGGAGCGUCACUAUUCGGAAAUGAUUAAUUACCAGGACACUGUCAGGCAGCUGGAGAAUGAGCUGACUAAUGCUAAACUAGACAUGUCUGGCCACCUGAGAGUGUACCAGGACCUGCUGAAUGUCAAAAUGGCUUUGGAUGUGGAGAUUCUCUCUUACAGGAAACUCCUGGAGGGUGAGGAGUUCCAUCUGUCCACCAUCUCUGACACCCACAUCUCCAUGCCCUACAUCUACCGCCAGUCCCCUGUCUACACCCUGUCUUCCCUGGCCCGGCAGGGAGGGUCCACACGCAGGUCUGAGCCCCAGUACAAGUUUGUAGAGGAGAUCAUCACUGAGACCACCAGAGAGGUGGAGUCCGAGUUUGAGGAGACCGGCUCUGAGGAGACAGGAGAGGGAGAGAAGGAGGGAGAGGAGAGUGACAAAGCUGAGAGGAGGGGUAAGGAAGAGGAGGAUGAGGGGAAAGUGGAAGAUGUAGGUAAAGUGGAUCUUAAAGUGGAUGCCCCAGAGAAAGAGGGGGAACAGGAGGAAGAGUCUAAGGGCCAGCAGAUAGAAACAUCAGCAGAGGUUGAGGUAAAUGGAGAUGGAGUUAACACUAGCAAGGGAGAAAAUGGAGAGGAAAGAGAUGACAAAGGAGAGGAGGACAUUGACACAGGUGACAAUACACAAAGUGAAGUCAAAUCAGCUAAGGCCACCAGUGAGGAAGAGAAGGAAAAACUGGACACAACAGAGGAGAUAGACGGUGAGAUAGAAGAUGUGGAGGAGCCAUUAGAAAACGAUAACACCUCAAAACAUGACAAGUCCCUGCCAGAGGUUCCCAUGAAGGGUGAUAUUUCCAUAGAACCCAAAACGUCAGAGUCAGAGGAUAUUCAAACAGAAAGUUCAAUAAAGGGUGAACCACAGGUCCCCACAGAAAUCAUCUCCAAAGAGCCCAAAAAGGUGUCAGAGGAGAGCAAAAAAGAAAGCCCAUCAAAAGAGAAAAAAGAGGUAGAUCUGAAAGAGCAGAGCGCUCUAGCACUGGAGCAGAAGCCUGAUCAGAAGGUGCACAGAGAAUCAGACCAACUUCAAGAGGAAGAGAGUGCUGUGGCAACACAAGAAGAGGAUGUCCCUGAGGCCAUAGAGAAGGACAUGAAAUCCCAUGAUAUCACUGCUGAGCUGAAAAACAGCUCCACCAAGGAGACAUGGGGACAGGUGAAGUCACCAGAUGAUUCUGGUGUAAAGACUACACAGGAUGACAAAACGGUAGGAGGUAAAAUUUCAGCCAGACUUCCCAGCACAACAACUGAGUGUGAGGAAGAGCCUGUGCCACAGACCCCUGAAAAGGAGGUGGGUCUGAGAGAGCCAAAAAUGAGCAGCAAUGAUGAUAGUGUAAAAUCUGUUGAGCAGAAUGAAUCUAAUGGCAGUGAAAAUUUCACAAAUGAUAUCAUAACAGCUGAGGAAAAAGUGAAAGAAUCUGAUACAUCCUCUAAACUAGACACAACUAUCUCCCCUAAAGAGGAAACAACCCCACAACCAGAGCCAACCGUCACCCCCAAAGAAGAAACAUCCCCAAAAAUGGACCCAAUGGUCACCCCCAAGAACGAGACAUCACCUAAACCAGACCCCACAGUCACCCCUAAAGAAGAAACAUCACAAUCAGACCCAACCAUUACCCUUAAAGAAGAACCAUACCCUAAAUCAGAAUCAGCACUCACCCCUAAAGAAACUUUCCCCAAACCAGCCCCAACUAUCACCCCCAAAGAGACCUCCCCUAAACCAGAAACAACCACCACCCCUAAAGAAGGAACUUCCCCAAAUCCAGAACCAGCAAUCACACCUAAAGAGCCUUCCCCAAAACCAGCCUCAAUCAUCACCCCUAUAGAAAAAACUUCCCAAAAACUAGAGCCAGCAGUCACCCCUAAAGAAGAAACUUCCCCAAAAUAUGAAAUAUCCCCUAAACCAGCCCCAACCGUCACCCCUAAAGAAGAAACAUGCCCAAAACCAGACCCAACCGUCACCCCUAAAGAAGAAACAUGCCCAAAACCAGCCCCAACCGUCACCCCUAAAGAAGAAACAUGCCCAAAACCAGACCCAACCGUCACCCCUAAAGAAGAAACAAGCCCAAAACCAGACCCAAUCGUCACCCCUAAAGAAGAAACUUCCCCCAAACCAGAAUCAACCAUCACCCCAAAAUAUGAAAUAUCCCCAAAACCAGCCCCAACCGUUACCCCGAAAGAAGAAACAAGCCCAAAACCAGACCCAACCGUUACCCCUAAAGAAGAAACUUCCCCAAAACCAGAAGUCACCGCUAAAGAAGGAACUUCCCCAAAAUCAGCCUCAAACGUCACCACUAAAGAGGAGACCUCCCCUAAACCAGAAUCAACCAUCACCCCAAAAUAUGAAAUAUCCCCUAAACCAGCCCCAACCGUCACCCCCAAAGAAGAAACAUCCCCAAAAAUGGACCCAAUGGUCACCCCCAAGGAUGAGACAUCACCUAAACCAGACCCCACAGUCACCCAUAAAGAAGAAACAUCACAAUCAGACCCAACCAUUACCCCUAAAGAAGAACCAUCCCCUAAACCAGAACCAGCAGUCACCCCUAAAGAAACUUUCCCAAAACCAGCCCCAACUAUCACCCCCAAAGAGACCUUCCCUAAACCAGAAACAACCACCACCCCUAAAGAAGAAACAUCCCCAAAACCAGAAGUCACCCCUAAAGAAGGAACAUCCCCAAAACCAGAAGUCACCCCUAAAGAAGGAACAUCCCCAAAACCAACCCCAAACAUCACCCCUAAAGAAGAAACUUCACCAAAACCAACCCCAAACCUCACCACUAAAGAGGAAACCUCCCCUAAACCAGAAUCAACCAUCACCCCAAAAUAUGAAACAUCCCCUAAACCGGCCCCAACCAUCAAACCUACCGAGAUCACCCCUAAAGAUGAAAUAUCCCCUAUAUCAAACUUAAUCAUUACCCCAGAAUCAACGACCACCCCUACAGAGAGUGAAAUGAUCAGCAGUGGAGGCAAAGCUGAGACUGCCACACCACAAGAGAAACAGGUGUCUUCCGUUGCAAAGAGCAAGGACUCACACAGAGAGGCGCCAGAGAGGAGCACAACUCAGGAGAAACCAGAGGAAAGUACGGCUAAAGAGCCUGAGAAGGUUACGGAUCCCAACGAUGAAACCCCAAAGACAGAGAACGUGAAGACCAAGGCCUCUGAGGAAAAACCUGAACAUGUGGAGAUAUCUAUUACAAAGACAUCGCCAGUGAAAGAACAGGAUGUAUCAACCAUGGGUUUGAAAGAGAAAACUGUUGACGGGAAGACAACAGAAGGGGCACCAUCUAAAAUAGACGAGAAAGGCUUUACAAGAGGUGAUGAAGACAGCAAAGAUGACAAAACUGCGAAGAAGACAUUAACAGGGCAAGCUGCUCAGCCAAUUGCAGAAAAGCAAGCUAAACCUAAAACCUGGGACUUAACCUCUUUUUAGAAAGACCAGAUUUAGAGGUCAGUAGAAGUUCUGUAAACCUGCAUGAUUAGUGCAAGCCUUCGAAGCAAUAUGAGAACUGCUCCACCUUGAAAGAUUAACUGACGCUUAAUAUGUUCAGUAUCAUAAUUCAUAACUGUCAAUUAUGAGACCAUUAAAGAGCUCCUGUGAGAUAUGUACUGCAAUAUGGAAUGUAACAAAUCAAAAGCUGUAUUUUGCUGUUCCUAUUUUCUUCUGCCCAAGCGAUGAUUGGAAUUGGGAUGAUAAUGUUCAUGGUUGAUAAUGUGAUUUGAUAACGCCUGAAUAAGCCAAGAAAUAAAUGCUAUUGGAAGAGCA